AUGUCGCUUGUCGAGCUUCCGACGACCAGGACCAGGGCGCGGCGAGUGCAGGGAGUUGGUCUCCCUACUCAACAGCAGAGGCGGCGCUCUCCGACCAAACACCACAGAGCGGAUGUUGAGCCAAGGCGGGCCAGUCUCGAGCAAGGCGAUGGCAUUUCCCAAUUCACGCCCGCUGAUGGGCAAGACAAGCUCAGAGAAGCACUGAGAAGGUCUGCUUCCGCCGUCUCUCCACCUCACGCAAGCGACAGCGGCUCAAGCAGGGCGGCAGCCAACCGCUUCCAGGCAGCAGUCUCGCCCGUGAGGUCGCGAAGGAGACUAGCAGCGACAGAGGAUACGGAUUGUGCGAAAGCAAUAAACGUCUCGGAUUCACUUUCCAAAGGGGAAUCAGAGCGAGGUUCUCACGGCUCGGACAUCGACACACCAUCCUUCUGCGGACCCUCAAAGAAUCCUAUCCUCGCCCGCAGGGUGACUGCCGCCAGCAACAAAGCUGCUGCUGGCGUCAAUCAAGCAAGUCUCACGUUACCUAUCUCCUUUACGGAGAGUGCCGAAAAGGCCACAAGCUCUAGUGUGGGUUCGAGUAGCCAGAAGCUCGAGAAGUCCUCCUCACCUGUGACCUCAUCUUCACCAGCAAGGCGACCACCCAUGGCGACUCGCACCUCGGAUGAGCGUUUGGCUGAGAUCCGCGCCAGACUUACAAAAGCAACGGAGAACGCAGCAGGCGAAAGGCAAAGAAGAGACCUAGCAGAUGCUGACGUGGUGCGGCGCCGGACUCGUAGAACAUUGCUGGAUCAGGAGGAGAAUGCGACACAUGAUGAGCCCUCUCCGAGAGGACACAGCGAAGAGCGAUCCCGCGUCGGUGGAACCUCGUCAUCAGCCAGGCGUGUGUUGGUUGCUGCUAGCGCAAGCCCAAGAGUUUCACUAGGGAGAAACGAGCCUAUCGAGGCUUCUCAGACCCCUCCUCGCACGCGAAGAUCAGAUCGAGAAGCUGAUACGAUCGACCAAGAGCUUGACGGGUCCCCGCGGCAAAGCACAACACUAAGGUCACGUACACGGCCUGCGCUGUCCCGAGUUAGCUCUGACGAGAGUCAUAGCUCUGACACAUCUGAUCAGCAUUUGCAAGUCAAGAGGCCUUCAUUGCAACAUCGGAAGUCCUCAGAGGAUGGCACUCGUCGACCCUUUUCAACAGUCAAUGCUCUCGAUACUGCAUCUCCUCGCCGGCGGCGGAAUGAGAAAGAAGUCGAUGACGAGCAGACUGAUCAAAGUUCCCCACGACGAGGUGCGAACAACGUCUCGCCUGCACUGGCUUCACUGGAAGCAUCCCUGGCUCGCUUGGGAGCUCGCAGGACAAAUCAGCAAUCUGGCCAGGACGAACCAGUCACACGGGACCGUUCCACACCUUCCAGGAGAGAGAGGUUGUCCGACACUACACAACAUUUGACAGUGGCCACACCCGACGAGUCUCCGAAACUUAGAACGAGUAUAGGAAGACAUCAAGAUCGUCUCCUCGAUAGUGAGAAGGGUGCAGACCAAGCCGGCAACUCUCCACGCAAGGAGGUACCCUCUACCCUCCCGCUGGUCUCCCCAUCCAGCAAGCCGGGUAUGACUUUUCUCGAGAGAGCGCGGGCGGCGAGAGCGCGAGCACAGACCUCGGCAGCCGAAACACUGGCAAAGCAAGAAGCCGAAGAAGCCGCAGCUCGCGCUAGAGAGAAGCAAGAAGCGGAGCAAGCCGAAAUCGAGAAAGUUCGCGAGGAAGAGGCUGAGCAACGGCGACUGCAAGCACUCAAGAAGAUCAGUCGUCGCAGAACCCUACAGGCUAUCAGAGACGCUCCUCCGGGACAGGCUUCGGAGGAUGAAGAGGACGAAGCGAGGGUGGAGAGAGAGGUGACACCGAUGUCGGAACGAGAGUCGUCACCUGAGCUGGGCGACAAUAGCGAAGCUCUGGCACGAGUAGCGAGAGCUGAGCGGAGCGCUCUCAGACUGCAGCGCGGAAGGUCUAUGCACUCCCCUGCGCCCCCCCAUCGGUCUCUUGAAGCUGCUGAGAAAUCAAGAGAGCCGUCAGAAGGGAUCAGUGGCAGAACAGACGACCACCGAACCGCUAUAACGGACGCGGCCUCACUGCGCAGACGAGUGUCCGCAGGAGGAGCACGAGUCUCUUCCAUCAGCCGCAUGGACAGCAUUAACCGCAUGGAGAGUCUCGCUGCUCCCUCAGAGGGCAUGCUCAAGGGCGUCGUAGUCCUCGUAGACAUUCGCGACCGCGACGGGAACGACAUGUCCUCCCCGUGUGGAAAGCUACUGAAGGCUCACGGAGCCAAAGUAGCUUCUCGCAUUCCCUCUGCUGAAUCGAGGAGGACCUUGACGCAUAUCGUGUGGAAAAAUGGGACGCCCAGUACCCUCAGGUACUUCAAUGGGCUCGACGCUGGAAAGAAGCCGUUGAUCGUUAUGCCGUCCUGGGUUGAUGGAUGUCUGCAAGAGGAUCGUAAGAUUGCAGAAGAGCCGUAUCUCGCAGAAGUCGGGAAGAGCACAUUGUGGCAGCAGCGACGCGGUCCCGCUGACAAGAAGGAGGUCACACACCGUCCGACGAUCAUCGCAGGGGACAGCAGUUUACUCGAAAAAAGCAUCAAAGAUGCCUUACAGGCCAUUUUGGCACAUGCUCCUUUGGAGCCCAGUCCGCUCAGGACCGCCCUUUACCUGGAUCUGUAG